GACUUCUCGCUCACUUUUGUAGCCCACUUUCAACUCUGGCGUCAAUGCUGGAAGCCACGCACACCCUUUGCCUGUUCGGCCUUCGCCACAGGCCUUGAAGGAGCAGCGCAUUCGAGCGUUUGUUGCGCGCCAGCGUGUGCUUGUGAAGCUCAACGGGCUCCCUUGCGAGCGUUCUCCAACAAUCACCGACGUCCUGACGCCAAAGAUACGGCGUUCGCCUUUUGACCAACCCGGUAUGCGCAAUCGUUUGAUGUGGCUCAAUCUGGCUGACCUUCUCUGUGUAGUGAAUCCCAGGCAUCUGGACUUGACUGAAUGCUGGAAGGGACUGUCGCAUUUUCAAGUGAAGGAGCUGACGAUGUGGUACCACUUCUUCCAUCAGUGCUUGCACGACGAAGUGCGGACGAGUCUUUUCGACAGUCUGAUCGAGAAUCUUCUACAGAGCGAAGAGAGUGUCGAUGAAGCCUACCUCCUACCUCGCAUGCUCGAGUCCCUCCGCAGCAAGCCUCAUCGCGUACUCGACAUCAGCGUUAUCGACCUCAUCGACAACAUGAUGGGCAUGUUCCACGAACGAUUCCCGAUUGAUGCUGCCUCAUAUUCGAGCUGGUCACACUUCUCUGGUGGAUUAUCGGUCUUCUUACAUAAUUUUCUCCGAAUGCAAGACUGCUUCUGCGACAGGCCCACUGGGCUGUGUGUCAUGGUACAAUUCGACUUUCAGUAUACUGAAUCCCUCCUGAUAGCCACCGGCGAAGUUGCCUGGCAGAUCCCGGGAGUUCAGUUUCUCCGUCUCCCUGACAGUCUGUCCUCAGGCGAGGAGUACCGCAUCACACCACUUGCAUUGGGCGACGUGCUCGCCUUUGUCCGCUCAACAGGUCCCACUCCCUAUGCCGACAAUGUCACCUACACAAUCACCCAAUCACCCUUAGAUUUUGCCUGGAAUGAGAGAAAACGAUGCUUCAAAGCCAUCGCGACAGACUACGGAGACAACGAGACACAUAUGGCUGAGACCACACUGAAUGCCACCAUCAUCACUCGUUUCCCAGGUAGUGUCAAGUUCGAACGGCAGUCACGCUGGGUUAUCAAAGUCGGCAUCUCACCUGCUGAGAGCAAAGCUGAACCCUGGGCCGCGACGAUGAACUUGGACGGAGGAUGUUCACGUGACACAUCUGAGUACACACUUCGCGGCCCACAAUACACGGGCAUCCGGGACUCUAGCAACAGUCUUCGCAGCGUACUACAGGCCAAGACCGACCCCACGACACCAUCACCAUCGAAGCGGAAGGUGUCGACGCCAGAAAUUGCUGAGACUUGUGAUGCCAAACGCCGACGCCGUGGGCUGGAUAGUGAGUCAGUCGGUCCUCAGUUUGGCGGCGACAUGAUCUGGGACAGUCCAUCUCCACUGCCGCACAACAAGACAGGCACCGACAAUGUCCCCAACGUCGACGCUGAUUUCAUACCCUCCGGCCGGGACUACUCGCCAAGACAAGGCGACAGCGGCUUCUCGUCACCAGACAUGCCACAGGCCGACUCCGACAGCUCCGUGCCUGAUACGGCUGACACAGGCGAGGACUACGUCCAGCAGCAGAUCAUGCGCAACUACAAAGAGUUUUCGGAUCGCAGGCAGCGUAAAGACGCUGGCGUUGUGGUUAGUCCUGUGAGCGAUGGUGAGCGCAGGGAGUUUGAGAGUAUUUUCUUGGGGAGCGAGGUGGGGUCGCCGGUUGAUGAGAGUUUCGAUGCUGUGAUGGGCGAGGGCUAGGUGGAGAUUGGUAGGUGGUGUUGCUGUUGCUUCUGGGGGGAUGCCUGGGUCUGUUGAGUUUGAGCAUAGGUUGGUGUUGGCACGACUAAUUGAUUAAUUGACACGCUUGCUGCUGA